AUGAAAUAGCAAAUAAUAAGUCGAUAGGCCAAUAUAUCUUUAUUUUCAGGUAAGACUUUGGGACAAGGCACCUUUGGAAAAGUCAAAUUGGCCACCCACAUCUUGACAGGAGAGAAAGUUGCAAUUAAAAUCCUGGAAAAGUAGAAGAUCAGCGAUUAAUCAGACAUUGAACGUGUAACCAGAGAAAUUCAAAUCCUGAAGAAAGUUCGCCAUCCAAAUUUAGUCUAAUUGUAUGAGAUAAUAGAGACACCCAAACAGUUGUUUUUAGUUAUGGAAUACGUGAAUGGGGGGGAACUCUUUGAUUAUAUCGUCCAAAACCAACGCAUUAAAGAUGUCGAAGCAAUCAGAUUUUACAGUUAAUUAAUUUCAGGCAUUGAAUAUCUCCACAAACUGCAAAUAGUUCAUAGGGAUCUCAAGCCUGAAAAUCUUAUUCUUGAAGGGAGAGGCAAAAUUAAAAUAAUAGAUUUCGGCUUAUCUAACUUUUAUCAUCAAGAUGAAUUAUUAAAGACAGCAUGUGGAUCACCUUGUUAUGCCGCUCCAGAAAUGAUAGCAGGGAAGAAAUACAAUGGACUCCAUAUUGAUAUCUGGAGCUCCGGUGUAAUCCUAUUUGCUAUGAUGGCAGGCUAUCUUCCUUUUGAAGAUCCCAAUACGUCUUAGUUAUACAAGAAAAUAAUGGCAGGUGAAUUUAAAUUCCCCAAGUACAUAUCUGGAGAGGCAAAGGAUUUAAUAAAGAAUAUAUUGAAUGUUGAUCCUUAAAAAAGGUAUACAAUUGCAGACAUUCGUAAACAUAAUUGGUUUAGUUUUUACAAUUAAAAAAUACCAUCUGGCCUCAUUGUUGGUUAACAUAGAAUACCAAUAGAUCCUGAAAUAGUUAAAUAGAUGAUUUCUUUAGGUAUUUCUAGUGAAUAUGCUGAAAAAUGUAUCGAAACAAAUAGACACAAUCAUGUAACAACUACAUAUUAUCUUUUAUUAAAAAAAUAUAUAUUGGGCGGAAAUAAAUCAAUUGCAGAUAUAAGCUCUGAAUAAUUUGAAGCUUAAAGAAUAUCUACUAGAUAAUCUACUUAUACUGAUAGGAAAUUAAUUAAUUAAAUAAAUCCUUUGCCAUUAAUAUAACGAAAGUCAAGACACACAUAGUAAAGGGAAGAUUCACCUGUAGACACAAAGCCAAGAUUAAACAAUUCUCUCAAUACUCAAAAUACAAUAUUAUAAUAGUAAUCCCCUACAGUAGUAAUGAAUCAAUCUGUGGAUGUGAAGAGAAAAGUGACUUUAGAUUUUUAGAAGACAACACUUUUGGAAUCUAGUUUAUUAUAAUAAUCUAAUGAUGUUAAGGUUUUGAAAUUGAAGACUCCUGCUUGUAGGAAUUAUAUAUUGGCUGAGUAUUAUGGUAGAUAUCCAAAGCGAUCUAGAAAUUCAGACAGAUAAAAAUCAAUGGAUUAAGAGUAAACAUACUUUAGAACAUUUCACAAAGGAAGUCCUAUUCCAAAAAGAUGA